UCUCGACACACCGAAGACCGAGAGAGACGCCCAGCGUGUCGAGUCACGGUGCCAACGUUUCAUAACAGGGCUGUCGCUUCUUUCUCCGUCAGUCGGAAAAAAAAAGUCACACUCCACCGGCGCUUCGCGUCUUCACUUGCAUUUAUAACUUUAAAAAGUAGCAGAGAGGGCGCGUUUUUAAUUUCACACACACACAGACGCACGCGCGCGCGUGUUUAAUUUCACACACACACACACGCGUCUAUCUCUCUACUACUGCUUCUUCUUCUUGACACGGUGGCACCCAGCAUAGCCUCGGGUGACUUUCAAACGAUGAAAAGUAGACCGCUUUCGCGGCGCGACGCACGUGGAAAUCCGGAGUUGACGAACGCUUUGGAGCAGUCGCCCCCCGAGUUGAACGGGGAAGAUGGAAACCCUCUGGGGAAAGAUGACUCGGACCGAGUGCACCUCAAGAAGAAGAUCACCCUCGUGCGUGGCAUUUCCAUCAUCGUGGGUACCAUCAUCGGCGGUGGGAUUUUCAUCUCGCCCAAGGGUAUCCUGACGAACACCGGCAGUGUGGGAAUGUCGCUGGUUGUCUGGGCAGCGUGCGGUGUUCUGUCACUUUUUGGUGCAUUGUCGUACGCUGAACUGGGGACUUGCAUCAAGAAGUCUGGCGGCCACUACACCUACAUCCUUGAAGCAUUCGGACCUCUGCCAGCUUUUGUCAGAUUGUGGGUCGAACUCAUCAUCAUAAGGCCGGCUGCAACGGCUGUAAUAGCGCUCACGUUUGGGCAAUAUAUUCUGCAACCGAUGUUUCCUCAGUGCCACGUCCCUCAGUUAGCAGUGAAAAUUGUCACUGCCCUCGCUAUCUCACUGGUGAUGUUCAUAAACAGCGCAAGCGUCUCGUGGACAGCGAGACUUCAGACUUUUCUCACAUUCUCCAAGCUCGCUGCUGUUGGAAUCAUAAUCAUACCGGGCAUCAUACACUUAGCCAAAGGCAACACAGAACAUUUCCAAGAUUCCUUUGUCGGAAAGGAGGUGGGGUUGAUGGGGCUUCCACUGGCGUUUUACUCUGGCAUGUACGCCUACUCUGGCUGGUUUUAUAUGAACUUUGUAACAGAGGAAGUGGACAACCCAGAGAGGAACAUUCCUCUGGCAAUUUGCAUUUCUAUGGGCAUUGUGACCGUAGCAUACACGUUCAUGAACAUGGCUUACUUCGCUGUGAUGAGUGGUGCCGAGCUUCUGGCGUCAAAAGCUGUGGCUGUGACAUUUGCGGAACGUCUUCUGGGGAAUUUUUCCAUCACCGUUCCAGUGUUCGUAGCUUUGUCCUGCCUGGGAUCCUUAAAUGGAGGAGUCUUUGCAAUAGCAAGGAUGUUUUUCGUGGCAUCACGAGAGGGCCACCUUCCACACAUCUUGUCCAUGAUCCAUGUUCGGAAACACACUCCGCUGCCUGCCGUGAUCAUUCUGUACCCGUUGACGAUGCUGAUGCUGUUCGUUGGAGACAUCUACAGCCUGCUAAAUUUCUUCAGCUUUGCACGCUGGCUUUUCAUUGCAAUGGCUGUGAGCGGGCUGGUGUACAUGCGCUUCACACGUCCACACAUGCAUCGUCCAUUCAAGGUGCCCCUGUUCAUCCCAGUCUUCUUCUCCCUGUCAUGCCUUUUGGUAGUGGCUCUGUCUCUUUACUCGGACCCGGUUAACAGUGGCAUUGGCUGUGCCAUUACGCUGAGUGGCGUUCCUGCCUACUACCUCACUGUGGUUUGGGACGGCAAGCCCACUGCAGUCAAGCGUGCCACAGACAGGGUGACACGUGUCCUGCAGCUGAUCCUGCAGGUGGCACCACAAGAGGUGGCCACUUACUGACCCAUUAAGACUCGACAAAAGGGCUACUUCAUUGAAACCGUUUAAGGCACAUUAUCCUCAGCAGCCGUGAUAUAUCCAUUGCUGGAUGAAGGUCUUCCCGAGCUGUCACAUCUCUCACGGUCUCACGAUGCACCAGUCCUGCACACAAGCUGAUAUCAUUCCUCCAUCUCUACGAUAUACAUCUUCUUUUGUGUGAUCUCUCUGGCUGCCACUGUUAUUAGUCCUUCUAAUGAUGGAUCCGCUCCAAGCCCACUUGUCUUUCUUAACAGUCAAUAUGACGGCUCUAACAUGCAUUUGUUCUUAAUCCAUGUCUUCCUUUUUCUGUCUCUCAGUGUAAUUCCAAACUUGUACCUCUCCCCAAGACUUUUGAACACUUUUCAGCUUUUGUUCUCAAUGUAUUCACCAAUGUCCAUGUUUCCAGGUCAUAUGGAUUAGAAACAUAUAGGUUAAUGUAAGCUAAGUGCCAUGACGGUAUAAUAAAAAAAAAUGUGAGUUUUACCAAAUUGCACAAUUAGAAAAAUGUAUAUUUAUAAACAUAUAUAAGUGUUGACACGUUUGAAACCUUUAGUUUUGUAAUAACAUAUUUAAGAUACUUUACAUUUAAAUAAUUCUGUUCACACUCCAUGCCACAAAGAAAGCUCAUGCAAGUGCAUCUUUGAAGAAUGCCAGAUUUUCAGAAAAAAACAUUCAAGUGACCCACUCGAUGUAGAAAAGCUAGACUUUUGGUCGCAGGUUUUCUUUGGAAAUUAUAACAUUUUCUACAAUUUUUCAAUUUACAUCUAUCAUGAUAUAAUAGCUACAUUCUUAAUGGAUUUCUGAAAUGACUAGGUCAAAACUAAUGCCAUAUUUUGAGACUCACGUGGAGUUUUAAAAACCAAUUCGUUCGUUUUAGUUGCAUUUUGGAUGUCAUGGGUUAAACAUAAUUUUUAAAUGGGUAUAUAGCUCAUGAAUUUCUAACUCCAAUUUAUUUAUCUCAAGAAAAUCAAUGGUCAGGUGUGGGACUUCUGGAAUGCAGACCGUCGCUCACAGACGAGCCUGAGGAAAAGGAUGAGAAGUGGGAGAACAACACAAGAAUGAUUGAAGAUGUCCCAGCAAAUGGGAGUUUGAAAGCAGAAAGGAAUUGGCCGAUGAUUGACAAUUCAGAUGUGGUACUUCUUUGGGAGAAAGAUGGAGCCAUAACAAAUGAUGGGAUGUUUAGAUUAGCGGAUUAAUUUUAUGCGCAUCUUCAUAUCUAAAGAAUCCUGUAACUUAGGACUCGGAGGAAAAGGAAGAUCCAAUUUUCACACUUGAAGAAGUAAACACUCCCCUUACAAAAAUGUAUUGUGCCAAUAUUAAAGUAAAUUUACCUACAGUAUUUAUGCAUGACAGUGUAUAAAAUAUACACAUAUAUGCUUAUUUAUUGAAUAAAUCAAGGAUGCUUUGCUACCUAAAGUCACAGCAGCUAUUGCACUUACUGUUGUUAUUUUCCAUCGGAUUUGUUAAACCAUAUUUUAGUUCAUAUAUUUAAGCCACUUUGUUUUAUGUUAAAUGUUGCAUGAUGGUCCCAGUUAAGUACUGUAUUCUGUAAAAAAAUGUUAGCAUGUAAAUGUGUAUCUCAAAAUUCCCAGUUGAAUUUUGGACACAGAUGGAAAUGAGGAUUGCAGAAUGAUACAUGUGGCUACUGGACAAAUCACAGUAAUAUCAGGCCAGUCACAUCCACAUAAAUCCGUGCUCAUGCUGCACUAAAGAUAAUUUAUAGCAAUAUUUACAUGAGAGUAUCUUCCAAAGGAUGGAUUUAUAUGCCCUGAAUAAGCAUUUGUAUGCAUAAUCACUCCACAUUGCCAGUAAUUACCAAUAAACUGCAAUAACAUAACAUGCAAAACAUUACUUUUCUUCAACUUUUGUAGGAACGAUGUAAAAUGUGAGUAAAAUUGGGUAUAAUUCUGUUGUUUUUAAGACUUGUAUGUAUUAGCUACAAUUGCUACUUUAAAUAAACUAAAGACUUUUCAAAUAUGUGCGCGAGUCAAAUAAAAUAUACACAUUUCAGAUUGUACGCAAAAUACAUUAGCUUACUUUAAAUUCAAUGCUCCCCCACUUAGCACACAUUUGGCACAGGUCUUCGUUGCUCAUUACAGAGAGGGGCUACAUCUUUUUAAAAAAUUGCUUUUUUAAGCCACCAUUAUGUUGGCAUGUGCAAAGCCUUCAUAACAUCAAUUUGCACUUUAAUCUGAAAUGCACAAAUGAAGUUGAUGCUAAAUACUGCAAGAUUUUUUUUUCUUCCUAACGGUACUUUUAUGGUUUGCAUGCAUAUAUAACUAACUGUAAUCCCUCAUAAUGAGUGAUCCUGUGAUUUGUUUCUUGCUGCUUCGGUGUUCCAACUGGCCUGCCAUUAUAACGGAAUGUACAGAAAUGUGGCAGGCAGAAGGCGUUCCCAUGCCUGCAUACAGUACACUAUUAUUAAAUGGGUGUGAUGGUUUAUGAGAUUCCUCCACAGAUUUGCACAGCAUUAGCUUACGGUGCGCUACACUUGAAUCGAGCUGUCAGUUCUUGUCUGCCUGUGAUAGCUUUACCACAAAACAGCAUGCGGCUCAGAUGGACAGUUCGCUCCGUAGCUCUGCCUCCGGCGUAAAAGAAGCGAAUCCAGGUCUGGGACAGAAUCCAAAGAUAGGUCCCCAAGGUUCCAAUGUUAGCUAUCUAACAACUGGGCACCCCAAUUCUAGAUAUGGUUACAUUGAAAAAGCACUGUCGGUUUUUGCAGAAAUUGGAUUAAAAUGUCAUUCGCUGAUUUAAAUGUAUACCGAAAAAUGAUGAACGAUGCAACGCUAAUGAUGCCAUGGUCUAAACAUUUGCCCACUGGACUUGUAAUCCAGAGGUCGCCGAUUCGAUAUUCCAGCGCCUCAGCUGAAUGACCAAGUUUUCAAAAUCCCUCCACCUCUGUAUACUCGGCAGCAUUAAUGCUGCAUGUGGAGGGGUAAAGUGUUUACAUUUCCACCUCUUCAAGAUGUCUGGCCUGCGUGGAAGAGCAGGCCAAAAUGUCAUUCAUAGCUCGCUCUCUCUAUCUGAUGGAUGCCCUUCUAGUAACAUUGAUCAUGAGCAAACAACUGCACCUUUACAUUUAACAGUAUUGAGGAACAAAAAAAAUAAAAAAAUAAAACAACAGGCAAAAUGGUGAAAAAACGUCGUUACAUUGGAAUAAAAUUCAAAAGUAUUGUGUCUAUGCCAAGUAAUGCAAUUUAAAAAUGCGGAGUUGAAGCACUUUUAUUUUCGUGAAAAUCAAAAACAUACCAUUGGUGUUUUGCUAAAAUUGGUAAAAAAAAAUAUGGUUUUGGGAUAAAUCGUACAUGCCU